UUUGGAGUUGGCAUCGCACUCAAACUGCUUAGUCUGCUAGGGUUCCGUUCGAUUUGGACCUUCGGAUUGAAAGGGGAGGAAGGGCAGGGGUUGAAGAUCACAAGAGACCAGAACGAGGCGGGAAAGGCCCAAAGAUAGCAACUCUUCUUUGCCAUUUCACCAUCUCCAUCGCCGUCUCCUCCGUGAGCUACACCCAAGCCUCUCCGUCGAGAUCGCCAUGGGGAUAAAGGGUUUGACGAAGCUCCUUGCGGACCACGCUCCCAAAGCUAUGAAGGAACAGAAGUUUGAGAGUUAUUUCGGCCGGAAGAUUGCAAUUGACGCUAGCAUGAGCGUGUACCAGUUCCUUAUUGUUGUCGGAAGAACUGGCAUGAACACUCUCACUAACCAGACUGGUGAAGUUACACGUCAUUUGCAAGGGAUGUUCAAUCGAACUAUCAGAUUAUUAGAAGCAGGUAUCGAGCCAGUAUAUGUAUUUGACGGUCAACCUCCAGAGCUGAAGAAACAAGAAUUUGCCAAGAGAUAUUCAAAGAGGGAAGAUGCAACUAACGAUCUGAACACAGCAAUUAAGAUUAGUGAUCUAGAGGGAAUUGAAAAGCACAGCAAAAGGACUGUCAAGGUAACCAAGCAACAUAAUGAAGAUUGUAAACGUCUCUUAAGACUGAUGGGUGUGCCUACUAUUGAGGCACCGUGUGAAGCAGAAGCUCAAUGCACAGCUCUUUGCAAAAGUGACAAGGUGUUUGCGGUUGCCUCAGAAGACAUGGAUACUUUAACUUUUGGGGCACCGAGGUUUCUCCGUCAUUUAAUGGAUCCUAGUUCCAGAAAAAUCCCUGUGAUGGAAUUUGAAGUUUCAAAGGUUCUUGAAGAGCUAAGACUCACUAUGGAUCAGUUCAUUGAUUUGUGUAUUCUCUCUGGAUGUGAUUAUUGUGAUAGCAUUAAAGGCAUUGGAGGACAAACUGCUUUGAAGCUCAUCCGUCAGCAUAGUUGCAUAGAGCAUAUCUUGGAGAACAUAAACAAAGAAAGAUAUAAAAUUCCUGAAGAGUGGCCGUAUCAAGAAACUCGACGUUUGUUCAAAGAACCAAAUGUGACCAUGGACGUUCCAGAACUAAAGUGGAUAGCUCCAGAUGAGGAGGGUCUUCUGAGCUUUCUGGUGAAUGAAAAUGGAUUCAACAGUGAUCGAGUUGCUAAGGUAUUUGUCCUCUUCGUAGUGAUUUCUUCUUUGCUAAUAGUUGAUUAUGGAAGUCCCUAUAUUAAAUUGUUUGUUAAUCUCAGCUCCUAAAAUUUUCUAGGCAAUAGAAAAAAUUAAAUCGGCCAAGAACAAAUCUUCCCAGGGCCGGUAGGAUCUUUUGCUAUCUUGUCUGAACUGUGUUGCUUAUGGUCAAUGCAAUCAUUUUGCUCUUUCAUAUGAUUAGAAUGAAAAUUUUGCUUGUAUUGGUCCUCUAUGAUCUUUUCUGUGAUAGGUGGUCAAGAUAUACAUAGAGAGAGCGGAUACUUGUGGCUAGAUAAUAUUUGUUUAGUGUCAUUUUAUUAUUAUUUUUUGUUGCCUUGUAUUGUAACCAUUCUAAAGUUUAACCAAGAUGAAACAUUUUAAGAGUCAAACCCUGUUGUAAGGGAUAGGUCAACUGUGACCUAUUUUGGUUGGCAUCAAUGGGCAAAGUUUUUAACCACAUUAUAUAUUAUA